AUGUCGCUUUCAAACCGCAUUUCUCGGCCCGUUGUCACACUGGUCCGUUGCAACCGGCCGGUGCCGCAUCGGUGCCUUCACCAGCCAUCAGAUCCUCGGCAGAGCGGCAACCACCAUAAGGCUGAUAACACUCCAGAAGCGCAAAAGGAUCCAGCCCAAGGGCACACGGGCACUUGGAAGGACGCCUCACAAGCCACCGAGAGUGGUAGCAGCAACGCAUCUUCCCAACGUCCAAAGAGCUACAAGACUCGGCCGUGGAUCCGAGCAAUGAUUGCCUCGGGUAUAAACGCAAACCCUCCAAUUAACCAGGGAGGUCGUGGUCUCAGCUCAAAGGGCGGCGAUGGCAGUAGCGAAGCUGCUUCAAAAGUCGACAGCACAGGUUCUGCAGGGAACUCUAAGCCACCACCUUCCUGGGUACUUGAAGCGCUCAAAAAGAUGUUUCCAAAGACGGGACAUGGCAACCUUGAAGGGCGAAGGCCGGCUGUCUUCAUCGGAAACAAGAGUGGAGGCCAAUUUAAGUCAGGUCAGACACAGAAAGAAGUCAUGGAUCAGAUCUUGCGAGAAAAGUAUGGGAUCGAGGAUCCCGAAAAACGGAAGCGCAUCAUAGAGAACUCCAAGACGAUUGAAGUUGAUUUGAGAGGCUCCGUGCUGUCUUUGAUACUUGUUUGCUUGGUCGCUGCCAUCGUCUACCAACAGCUGAAAGAGAUGGAUAGGCGUGCCCAACUAGGUCGGCUGCGUGAGAAUGGAAAAGCAACUAGACAGGAGCAAAUGGAGGCAGAGACUCCGGGAACUGACGAAAUAUCCCCUAUGAUGGAUGAUCAUACUAAGCUCAGCGGUACUUGA